AUGGUAAUAACAAGACAGGGAGAACAUGUUUGGCUGGAAUUAACUAAUGGUUCUGAUAACAAAGUGCCAAUUGGAGCAGUAGUGAAAGACUCUCGCAAUGCAGAGACUUUGCUUGUGGAUGACGAUGGCAAGGAACACUGGAUCACUGCCCGCAAUGUUAAUAAUGUGCGCCCCAUGCACCCCAGCUCUGCACGGGGAGUUGAAGACAUGAUCAGACUUGGAGAUCUCAAUGAAGCUGGAAUUGUCCACAACCUGCACGUCCGUUACAAAGAGAACAACAUAUAUACUUACACCGGUGCAAUAUUGGUGGCUGUGAAUCCAUAUUCAGAACUCCCAUUAUAUGAAACAGAACAGAUCCAGAUGUACAGAAACCGUCGUAUUGGUGAACUUCCUCCUCAUAUCUUCGCUCUUGCUGACACAUGCUUCUUCAAUAUGCAGAAGAAUAAUGCUAACCAGUGCUGUGUUAUCAGUGGAGAGUCUGGAGCUGGGAAGACAGAGAGCACCAAGCUAAUGUUACAGUUUUUGGCUUCAGCCAGCGGACAACACUCCUGGAUUGAGCAACAGAUCCUUGAAGCUAAUCCUAUUAUGGAAGCUUUUGGAAAUUCCAAGACCAUCCGUAAUGACAAUUCCAGUAGAUUUGGCAAAUAUAUCGAAAUCCACUUCAAUAAAGAUCAUGCCAUUGAGGGAGCUCGAAUUGAGCAAUUUCUGUUGGAGAAGUCACGCGUGUGUCGGCAGUCUCCAGGAGAAAGAAACUAUCACAUAUUUUAUUGCAUGUUGAUGGGGAUGAGUCAAGAACAAAAGAAACAGCUAAAUCUGGGAAGCCCAUCAGAUUACAACUACUUAACCAUGGGUAACUGCAUAACCUGCGAGGGACGUAAUGACACCACAGCCUAUGCUCAGGUUCGGUCUGCUAUGAAGAUCCUCCUGUUCUCUGAGAAAGAACAAAAUGAAAUUAACAAUCUGCUGGCAGCGAUACUUCAUCUGGGCAACCUGGAAUUUCAAGGUGCAAUGUAUGGGAACCUUGACUGUUGUGAUGUUUGUGAUUCUAUUCACCUGUCCACGGUAGCAAAUCUGCUUGAGGUAGACUAUGGAGAGUUAACUGGCAGCCUUACCAAGCAUUCUAUUAUCAUCCGCGGUGAAAGUGUGUCCAAACCGCUAAACUGUUCUCAGGCCUCUGACGGCAGAGAUGCCUUUAUGAAGGGCAUCUAUGGCAGGAUGUUUAUGUGGAUAGUACAUCAAAUAAAUAGUGCUAUCUUCACACCUGCUCCUGAAGAACUGGAAAAUGAACGCCGGUCCAUUGGUCUCCUUGACAUUUUUGGGUUUGAACAUUUUAAUACUAACAGAUUUGAGCAGUUAUGCAUUAACUUUGCUAAUGAGCACCUUCAGCAGUUUUUUGUGCAACAUAUAUUCAAACUUGAGCAAGCAGAAUAUAAUGCAGAGAAGAUCCAGUGGCAUCACAUUGAAUUCGCCGAUAACCAGCGCACUUUAGAUAUGAUUGCCCUCCGUCCCAUGAACAUCAUUUCACUCAUUGAUGAGGAAAGCAAGUUUCCCCAGGGAACGGAUGCCACCAUGUUGGUUAAACUUAAUAAAAUUCAUAGCAAAAACAACACAUACAUCCCUUCCAGAAGUGAUCAUGAUACCAAGUUUGGAAUCAACCAUUUUGCAGGGAUUGUGUAUUACGAGACAGAAGGUUUUCUGGACAAAAACCGAGAUUUACUAAGCACAGACCUUCUACUUCUGGUUCAUUCUUCCAAUAACAUGUUCCUAAAGCAGGUGUUCCAAGUGGAAAAAAACUCAAACUCCUCCACGCAUGGGACUAUACGUAAUGCAGGUCCUAACUAUACGCUCAAGGUUUCAGAUACAAAUAAGUCUUUACCAACACUAGGUGGGCAGUUCAAGCAAUCCCUGGAGCAGUUGAUGAAAAUCCUGAGUAACUGCCAGCCUUACUUUAUCCGUUGUAUCAAACCUAAUGAUUAUAAGAAACCGCUGCUGUUUGAUCGGGAACUUUGUAUACGUCAGCUGAAGUACUCUGGAAUGAUGGAAACUAUAAGAAUCCGUAAGGCAGGAUAUCCAAUCAGAUACAACUUCUUAGAAUUCUCACAACGGUAUAGAGUUCUGUUACCAACUAAAUUUGCUAAUCGCAGCAAGGAAGACCAUCUAGCUUGCUCUAUUGGUAUAUUAGAAGCUAUAAUUGGAAAAGAUGGUGAAUGGAAAGUUGGAAAAACUAAAUUAUUCUUAAAGGACAUUCAUGACACCAAACUUGAGGUGGAACGUGAAAAAGCUCUGGUGUCUAAAGCUGUUCUCAUCCAGAAGGUGCUACGGGGGUAUAAAUACAGACAAUCUUUUCUACGUCAGAGAAAAGCAGCAGUAAAAAUUCAAGCAGCCUGGAGGGGAUACAAUGGCCGGAAGACAUAUCAGAAGAUGCAACAUGGUUUCCAGAGAAUGCAGGCAAUUGUGCGAGGCCAACAGAUCCGUCUGCAGUACCAGAAAACCAGAGUGAUCAUUAUCCAUCUACAGGCACUGAGCAGGGGAUAUGUUGUGCGAAAGAGGCUGGCAGACCAGAAGAAGGCUGUGCUAGUGUUGCAAAAGUAUGCCAGGGGUAUGCUAGCCCGGAACUCAUACUGGAAAACGAAGACAAAAAAUAACCUGAGUCUAAAGGAAAGGGCGGAUGAAGAGAAGCACAGGACAAUGCAGAAAGCCUUACUAAAGCAACAAGAGAAAGAAAAUUUGGAGAUUGUGGAAAAAGUAUUUGGCUUUUUACCGGUUAUGGUCCUUGAUGAAAUAGAUUUGGAUGCACUGCCACUUGAACCAGAAAAAGAAGAUGAUAACCUGUCAGAGUUCACCUUUCCCAAAUUUGCUGCUACUUAUUUCCAGGGCUCUGCAACACAUACUCACAUCCGUAAGCCACUACACCAGCCUCUGCUCUACCACGAAGACCAAAGCGAUGUUCUAGCUUCAUUGGCAGUGUGGAAGAUUAUUCUUCGUUUUACAGGAGAGCUUGCUGAACCAACGCUAUAUGCUCGAAGUUCCAGCAGCCAAAGUAGCUCUGUAAUAACACAAAUAUAUGACACCCUAACCAGAAAAAACAAGAAACAGCAAGAUAUAAAGGACAGCCUGCAGAGGGCCAACAGAAACUCAAAAAGCAACAAAGAAAUUUCAUCUAUGAAACUGAAAAAAUCUUCAAAACUAACCGGACAGGUUGCCAGCCAAAUAAGCAGUGGGCAGGAUACCCUACAAGAAGAUAUUUCUCUUAAUGAUAAGCCUAUGUCGAACCUGGAGAAAGUGCAUUUUAUUGUUGGUAAUGGAAUCCUGCGUCCUGAAAUUAGGGAUGAGAUAUACUGCCAAAUCUGUAAGCAACUAUCUGGCAAUGAAAACAGGGUCAGCUUUGCCCGUGGCUGGAUUCUUUUGUCACUCUGUCUGGGCUGCUUCCCACCAACAGACAAGUUUCUCAAGUACCUGAUGAAUUUUAUUGGAAGUUCAAAGCUGGCACACAAAACGGUCUGUUUGAAGCAGCUGAAACGAACCCUGGCUAAUGGAGUCAGAUCUGAGCCUCCCAGCUGGAUGGAAAUGCAGGCCUUGAAGGGUGUGGCAGCUAUGGAUGUGACUGUUGGUACUGUUACAGGUCAGAGUCUUAAUUUCAAUGCUGACUCUGCCACCACAGCCCGAGAGAUGUGCAAAGCCAUAGCCCAGAAACUACAGCUGAAAGAUGCUUUUGGCUUCUCACUUUACAUUUCCAUAUAUGACAAGGUCUGGUCAUUGGGCAGUGGGGUAGAGCACUUAAUGGAUGGCAUAUCACAGUGUGAGCAGUUGGCCAAGGAUCAGGGGGAGCAGGAGAAACAUGCUCCUUGGCGUCUGUUUUUCCGUAAAGAGAUCUUCACUCCUUGGCAUGACCCCACAGAAGAUCCUGUCAGCACAGAGCUUAUCUACAACCAAGUUAUUCGAGGGCUGCGUUUUGGGGAGUAUCGUUGUGAGAAAGAAGAUGACCUUGUAGAGUUGAUGGCGAAACACUAUUACAUUAAAUUUGGAGCGCAGAUUAAAGAUGAAACCGUGGAACGUGUUAUACAGGACUGUAUUCCUGCAAAACAGCUUGAGAAUAAACCUAUUUCUUAUUGGGACAACAUGCUUAAAGCAAAGCAAGCCAAGGCGCAAUACAUUGAAGAUCAGCAUCCAGCUUUGAAAGUGAAAGAGUCUAUUGUAGAGUAUUCUCGACUGCAGUGGGCUAUUUUGUUUUCAAAAUUCUUUGAAGCCUCAAAAUUUUCAGGUCCUAGCAUAAGCAGGAGAAAUUUCAUUGUUGCAGUAUACUGGAAGGGAGUUAGCCUCCUAGAUGAGAGAGAGAAAAAGCUGCUUGAUUUAACAUUUCCUGAACUAAUUGGUAUACGUACAAAGAGGGCUGAUAAGUCAUUUGGCCAGUGCUGUGUUUUAAACACACUACGAGGAGAGGAAUUUGUCCUGACCUCACAGCACAGUGAAGAAAUAUCUCACCUGCUUCUCCACUUCUUGGAUGAACUGAAGAAAAGAUCACCAUAUGCAGUGGCUCUGCAGGACAGCUCCAGAAGCUUUGAGCAAUUACCAACUCAGAGGAAGAAAGAACAAACAGAUGAACCAGACCUUCUCAGCUUCCGCAAGGGAGACUUGUUGCUUCUGAAAAAAAAUCCAGAACUUCAGUUUGGACAAAAUUGGAUCUAUGCUGAGAAUGAGAGAACAGCGAAGAGUGGUGCUGUGCCACUGCAUGCAAUUCAUAUUAUUCCGAUUCUCAACAAACCUACAAAUGAGUUGCUGAGACUUAUAGCGAUGUCUCCAGAGCAGCGAAAAUCAGAGUUCAUGAAUUCUUUCCUGGAUGGAUUUGACAAGGAGGAAGAAGUGAAACCAUACACUUUGGAGGAAUUCUCAUUACAGUACUUCAGGCCUCCAGACCCUGAGUCUGUAUCCAGGGCGGUAAUGCAGAGAUCGGGAAAGCUACAUCUGUGGGCUUAUUCCAGAGAGCCACUGAGGCAGCCACUGCUCAGGAAGGUGUGUGACAUGUCAGAUCUACGCGACUAUGCAAGCCAGGCUUUCAAUGCUAUCAUGAAGUACAUGGGGGAUUAUCCUUCAAAACAGUCAUGCUCUCCAGUUGAGUUUACUGAUCAGAUCUUCUCAGGGCCAGUACAUGACGAAUCCCUACGGGAUGAGAUUUACUGCCAGAUCUUGAAGCAGAUGACAGAGACACAAAACAGUUAUAGCGUCAACAGUGGGUGGCAGUUGCUCUGGCUCUGCACUGGCUUGUUCCCUCCCAGUAAAGUGUUAUUGGUCCAUGUACAGAAAUUCAUUGAGAGUCGACGAAAAGAACCAUUGGCCAAGGAGUGUAAUCUAAGGAUUCGAAAAGUGUUACAACACGGGGUAAGGAAACAACCACCUCACCUUUUUGAAGUUGAAGCCAUACAGCAGAUGAACACCAAGAUCUACCACAAGUUUUACUUUCCAAAUUGAAACAGAAGAGGUAUGAAUACCACUGUAAUGGCAUUCGAAGUGGGAACAAACAGCAGAGUGCGGGAAGUGUGUCCAAAACAUUUCACCAAACUACAGCUUAGCUCCUGGGACGGUUUCAGCAUAUUCAUGAAGAUAGCAGACAAGGUGAUCAGUCUGAAUGAGCAAGAUUAUUUCUAUGAUGCCCUGAGGCAUAUGAAUGAUUGGAUCAGGAAGAGUCGACCAUCAUCAGGUGCACCAGUUUUUAUCAGCUUCCAGCUGUAUUUUAUGCGGAAGCUAUGGGUGAACGUUCCACCAGGGAAGGAUAUCAAGGCAGAUUGUAUCUUCCAUUAUCACCAGGAGCUCCCCAAAUACAUGCGUGGCUAUCACCUAUGCUCUGUGGAGGAUGCUGUUUAUUUAGCUGGGCUGAUAUACAAAGUACAGCACGAUAAUGAUCGCACCCAAUUUGCCACCAUCAACAAGACCCUACGAGAAUUUGUACCUGAGUAUCUACUGCGCCUAAGUACACCAGAGGAAUGGAAGAAGAACAUCAUUGCUUCUUAUACCAAACACGCAAAUAAAACUGUAGAUGAUGCAAAAGUUGCUUUCCUGAAGCAUAUCAGUCGCUGGCAGACGUUUGGUUCAGCUUUCUUUGAAGUCAAACAAACUUCUGAUGCUGGUUUCCCUGACAUUGUGCUCAUAGCAAUCAACAAAUAUGGAGUGUCUAUUUAUCAUCCAAAGACAAAGGUACUGUUGGUCAAACAUCCCUACAACAAAAUCUCUCGAUGGAACAGUGGGAACACAUAUUUUCAAAUGACAACUGGGAACCUUGUACGAGACAAUAAAAUCCUCUGUGAAACCUCUCUGGGGUAUAAAAUGGAUGACUUAAUGACUUCUUACGUCAAAGACCUCAUGUUGAAACAUCAAAAAUUGGCCUGAACUUCAGUACUGGAUAAUUAUUUAUCUUUCAAUGAUUAUUAAGUUUGCUCUUAUUUUAAUGACAUUACAUCAAACUACCCGUUCCUCUCAAUAUCAGAGUACAGCUUGAUUCACUCAAAACUGCAGAGCAUUUGUCCAUCAACCACAGAAGAAAUCUGCAGAGCAUGACACUUAUCACUACUGCAAAGCACCUUUGUCAUUACACUUCUAAGAAUAUGCCGCACAAUUCUCUGGAAUCAAAGCCUUGCUAUGCUUUUGCAGCUUAUUAUUACUUUAUUAUGUUGUACCCAAGUAUCUUCUGGACAUCUUUGUUGCUAGAAACCAGCAAAUCAUCUUUAACUCACAUAGAUAUAAACCUGCAAAUAUUUGUCACUUCUCAAAAUCUAUAUCUUCAUGGUGUUCUCCUUCAAUGAAAGAACCCCUCUAUCACUUCAUUGUGGGAGGUCUAAAUAAUCACUGCAGUAGAUCUGUCCCUCAAAUCCUAUUGCUCUGCGGAGUAUCACUUUUCAUUAUUUCUCUGAAUUCACAGACUACUUCUGUGCCUCUGUCAUAUUUCCUUUGAAUGCACCAGCAGUUUU